GAAUCGGUUCGAAAAAGUUGGCCGGCUGGGCCGCAUGGAGCUCGGCGCACAGCCGCCGCAGAUCUCGGCUGCUGGUGAAGCAGUAGUCGCAUCAAUCUAAAUUCAGAGAGCUCUCGAUAGAUCUAGACCACUGCUGAACAGUCGACGCGUACCGUACCACCAACAAAAAGUUACCACUGCCACAGCCAUAGCACCAUGCCCAGAGACACGUCGCGACCAAAGUCCCAGUGGUCCGUGCCCGAGGAGCGUUUGGGAGGCAUAGAAAUAGCGCAGGACCGGGACGAGAGCUUCGGGGGCGCGCACUGCCUUUCGGUCGACGAGGCCGAGCGCAUAGUAGAAAAUCUCACGGAGUUCGACCUGCAAGACGUCGGGAAUAAACAGUGGCUCGAGCAGCACGGCCAGAUCGAGAAGCUGAACCAGCAGGCCCACGCGUCGGCGCGAGAUAAAUCUGACGAGUUUGUCCUUGAGGCGUUUCUCACGUUCGACAAAUUGGGAACUCUGAUUUACGAUUUGAUACUCAUCGAGACGUGGCGGGAACGGGUCUAUCCUCUGCUCGUCGAACAUUUGGUGGGGGGCGGAGAAAACGAGGCCACGCGGUCGCGGGCGAUGAGGGCUUAUUUUGUUCUGUAUCACGAAGCGACGGUGGUCAACCUGCUCGAGUGCCUCUGCUACCACGCCCACGCCGUCGGUGCUGUUAAAGAUGCUUCUUUAGACUUGACUGAUUAUUGUGCUAGACGGUUAGCUGCUUUGCAUAGUAGAGCAAAGGCGUUUCGCGAACUCAACCCGGCGAGGAAUCCCGACGAGAAGCCCGCGGACUUUGCGGAUAAGCUCAAAAAUAGAACCGCGAGGGAAGAGUUGGAAGAACAAGCUCUCCAGAUCGAAUUUACGGUGUCCGUGUCGUGCGUCGCGUUGGUACGCAUGGUCUGCGAGCACGUCGGCGAAUUAACCGUGGCGGCGGUUUCCAGAAUAGUGGACAAGCACGACUUUCUGCUGUCCGUCAUACCUCUCAUCGAGCACCCGCCGUGGACGCGCGCGCGGCAGGACGGCACCAAGCGGGUCUGGCAGAAAUUGGAGAACGGCGAGUGGACGGACGUGCCCCACGACCGACUGUUAGAUGUCACGAAGCUCGAAGCCCAGGCCUGGUUCGCGCUGUACUGGCUGAGCAUGCAUCAAGAAAUCCGGAAGAGAUACGGUUUCGACGCGUACCGGAAACAGACUUUACUAAGGGCGCGACGCUUCGUGAAUGACGUGUUACUAGAUCAGAUCCCGGUGCUGGCCGACCUCCAACGGUUCAUGGACGAAUUAGCGAUAGUGUCCGCGCCGGAGCCGACGGCGGUACGUGACCGGAGUCUUUGAACGUACGCCGUCUUCAUGAGCACACGAGAGUCCACACGUCUCGUGAACGUGACGUCGUCGCGGCGAUGGCGUCUUCAUGAGCACGCGUUCCACGCAGGUCAACGAUAGGAUGGGCCUCAUGCAACAAGUCGCGGCCUUCCAGGAAUCUAUUUGUAGGAAGGCCGACUACGACGCGCUGGCCAAGCGCCAGAUCGACGAGAUCUGGUCCUCCGUCUCGAUGAAAGAUGAUGAUUUGACGAAGCUUGUCGACAUCUAUGCCGGCGACCACUUACUAGAAGAGGAGGCAUCGUCGAAGCCGCUGGACCUCGACGCGCUGCAAAAAGAGCUCCAGAAGGAGAACGUCGACUCCAAUAAUUUGGACGAGCAGGGCCUCGCGCGGCUGUCGCGCGACGUCGUCGGCGUGUCCAUCGAGGACGCGCGCGGCGCGUCCCCGCACAAGCCCGCCAUAAAAGCUUCCAAAAGAGGCGAGGCCAAGGUCGUCAAGGCCGCCGACGGCAAUUCGUUGAGGAGAGAGAAGUGGGUGCUCGAGCGGCCCAAGCCCGUGGACGUCGACGAUUCUUUAGCGGUUGUGGUAGAGUUCGGCGAUGGGACGGCGGAACGUAUAGUAGGCAAGCAGCUCAAUUUACCAUCGUUGCUCGUGCCGCCGCCCCCGAAAAAGCAGUGGCGCCAGGUCGGCGCCGUCGCCGAGGGCCUGACGGCGCAGCUCCUCUGCGUCCGCGACGAGGUCGCGGGCGCGGAGAAGGCCACCUACUUCGUCGAGGCGGCCUUCGUGUCGACGCCGGUCUCCGUCGUCGGGGACUUCCGGGCGCCGCCGCCGGACAGCAGUCAGAUCGGAAUUUUGUGAGCGGUCUCUCCUUGCGGGGGUGGAGGGCUCGCCCAGUUUUGAUAAAGAUUCAAUUUACC